AUGGCUCAUCAUUCAAUGUCAUCCAUUGCUAAUCUCAAUCUCAAACUCAGAGAACUCUGUAAUGCGGGUCGGUUGAAAGAAGCCCUACAUCUUCUGCUCACUACCCACAACUCUGUUAUUCAUUCCUCCACUUAUCUUCAUCUAUUGCAGGCUUGCAUUGACAAGAAAGCCCUUUCAGAGGGUAAGCAAAUCCACUCCCUCAUCAAUGCCAGGGAAACUACAUUUGCUACAAACCCAUUUUUACAGAACACACUUAUCAACAUGUAUGACAAGUGCGGAAGUGUGGUGGAUGCUCGAGAAGUUUUCGAUAACAUGAUACAACCAGAUGUCUUCUCAUGGAAUGUGAUAAUUGCAGCUUACAGAAGGCAUGGUUUUCCUGAACAAGCUUUGAAAUUGUUUCAUCAAAUGCAACGAACAACUAUCCAGCCUGAUAACUUUACCUUCUCUACUAUUCUUCCUGUUUGCGCUAACGUGGCAUCUCUAAGACAUGGUUUGCAGAUCCAUGGAAGGAUACUGAGAUGUGGCUUUCAGUUUAAUAUUAUUGUGAUGAAUACCCUGAUAGAUAUGCACGUUAAAUGUGGAAGAAUGCAUAAGGCAGUUGAACUGUUUGACAAAAUGUCUCAACGAGAUUUGUUCUCUUGGACUGCAAUCGUUGCCGGAUAUACGCACAGUCGUCUUGCUGAAAUUGCUUUUGAGAUUUUUAAACAAAUGCAAUUGGCCGGUGUGAAACCAAACUCGCCAACCUUUGCGAGCAUCCUCCCAUCUUGUGCUAAACUUGCAGCUUUAGAACAGGGUAUGGAGAUUCAUCAAAAAGUGAUGGAGAGCGGAUUUUUGUCAGAUGUAGUUGCCACUGCACUGAUAGACAUGUAUGCAAAAUGUGGAAGUAUACUCAAGGCAAGGGUUUUGUUUGACAAAAUGCCUAAACGAGACGUAGUCUCUUGGACUGCAAUCAUUUCUGGCUAUGCACAGUAUGGGUUUGUUGAUAAAGCCUUGGGUUUUUUUAAGCAAAUGCAAUUGGCUGGUGUAAAACCCAACUCAGCAACCUUUGCCAGCAUACUUCCAGCUUGUGCCCAAACAGGAUAUUUAGAGCAGGGUAUGAAAAUCCAUAAGAAAAUAAUUGAAAUUGGACUUUUGUCAGAUGUCGUAGUUGUAAAUGCCCUCAUAGAUAUGUACUCAAAAUGUGGAAUUGUACAAAAGGCCCGUGAACUAUUUGAAAAAAUGCGUGUAAAGCCUAUAUCAGCAACUUUUGCAAGCAUACUCCCAGCAUGCGCCAAAAUGCGAUCUCUGGAACAGGGUAUGGAAAUCCAUCAAAAAAUAAUCGAAAGCGGAUUUUUGUCGGCAACUGUAGUUAUGACUGCCUUGGUAGACAUGUAUGCAAAAUGUGGAAGCAUAGAAAAGGCAUGUGAAUUGUUUGGACGAAUUCAUCAUCCAAAUGUGACCUCAUGGAAUGCAAUGAUUACAGGAUAUGUAGAAAACGGUGCUCUUGAUGAAGCUUCAAGGAUUUUCAAAGAAAUGCCCCAGCGAGAUGUGGCAUCAUGGAAUGCAAUAAUUACAGGAUAUGCGCAAAAUAGGCUUGCUGAUAAGGCCUUAGAGAUUUUUAAGCAAAUGCAACUGGAAGGCAUAAAGCCAAACUCAGGCACCAUUACCAGCAUCCUCACAGCUUGUGGCAGAAUAGGAGCCUUGGAACAGUCUCUGGAGAUCCAUCAAAAAUUAAUCCAAAGUGGAUUUUUGUCUGAUGUUGUGAUUGUGACUGCCCUGAUAGAUGUGUAUGCAAAAUGUGGAAGCAUACAAAAGGCACGUGAAUUAUUUGACAACAUACAUCAUCCUGAUUUGGCCUCAUGGACUGCAAUGAUUAAGGGAUAUGCACUGAAUGGUGUUCUUGAUGAGGCUUUAAUGCUUUUCAAAGAAAUGCCUCAACGAGAUGUGGUAUCAUGGAAUGCAAUCAUUGCCGGAUGUUUACAAAAUGGGUUUUUUGAUGAAGCCUUGGAGAUUUUUAGGAAUAUGCAAUUGGCAGGUGUAAAGCCGGACUCGUCAACUUUUGCCAGAAUCCUCCCAGCUUGUUCAAAACUUGGUGCUUUGGAGCAGGGUAUGGAAAUCCAUCAAAAAAUAAUUGAGACUGGGCUUUUGCCUGAUGCCUUUGGAACUGCCCUGAUAAAGAUGUAUGCAAAAUGUGGGAUCAUACAGAAGGCGCGUAGGUUGUUUAAUAAAAUUGGUCAGCCAGGUGUAUUCUCAUGGAAUGCAAUAAUAGCAGGAUAUGCAAUGCAUGGCUAUAGUGAAGAUGCCAUUGAACUAUUUGAACUAAUGAAGCACACUGGAAUCAAUCCCAACCAUUUAAGCUUUGUUUUUGUUUUGUUUGCAUGCAGCCAUGCAGGUCUAGUGGAUGAUGGCUGUAAAUACUUCAAUCACAUGACUGAAUCUUAUUGCAUCAUGCAUAGAAUGUAUCAUUAUGUAUGCACAGUUGACCUCCUUUCCCGUGCUGGAUAUCUUGAGGAAGCCCUAAACUUUGUCUUCAAAAUGCCAAUAAUACCAGAUAUGGUUGUCUGGAUGUGUUUGCUUGGCGGCUGUAGAUUGUAUAAGGAUAUAGGGAUAGGAGAAUUUGUAGCAAAACUCCUCCUUGAGUUAGAUCCUGAAAAUGCCGCACCUUAUGUUCUUCUGUCAAACAUCUAUGCAGAAGCAGGUAGGUGGGGUGAUGCUCAAAAGAUAAAUCCCACAAGCACUGGAGAUCUAUGCAAUGGUGGGAAACUUUUCUUGGAAUGUGAAGGCAGCAGGGAGCUUGGACAAUAUCAGGAAAUUAGAAAUGAAGAAACAUGA